AUGCUGGCUGCGCUGCUGGCGUGGGCGACGCUGCGUGCCGUGUGGGCGCCCUGGACGGCGGCGCCCGCUGCAUCGGCUGCCCCGGGGGCGGCGGCAGACACGGCGCCAGCACCGAGAGUGCGCGCUGUUGCCCCAGCUGGCCUGCCGGCUGGGCCAGGCCGUUCAGGGAGCGCCGCGGGCCGCCGCGCCGCGCACCGCACCCUCCGAGAGGGGGCGCUUUUCUGGGCCGCGCCCGCGGGGCUGCCACCGGCCAGGGAGUUCUCUGCGGCGUCCGGCUAUUCACUCUUGCCGCCAGGCCAGACGUGCAGCGACGUGGGCCUGGACGACCCCCUUGACUCAACGGAGUGUUUCGUCACCGCAGCGCCCGAGGUCGCUGUGGACACCAACAGCACGUAUGUGUUCUCUGGACCGAAUGGUGGGAUCCGUUGCGUCUACGAUGUUCUCUUGGACAUGUUGGUCUUCGCGGAGACGCAGAGCGCGUACACCUAUGGCAACGAUCAGUACCGAUUCAUCUGCAGAGGGAUAUACACAACUACGAUUACCACUGGCACGACUGCGUUGGCGUCGUCGUCAGCCACGACCACCUCGUACCAGGACUACACGCUGCUUCCCCCUGGCCAGACCUGCUACGAGGCCGGCAUGCAGGACGUAACAGAACAUGCGGAAUGCUUUGGACCUGCCAUGGUGCUGCUCAACCUCAGCUCUGCUACGACUGAGGAUUAUACUGGAGAGUUCAUGUCGUUCACUUGCGUGUACGUGGGAAGUAAGUCAACUAUUCGCUUUGGGGAUUCCACCUCCGAGACAGCCGUGGCAAACCCGAACUACCAGUACAUCUGCAUCGGUGUCCUGACGUCGACUGCAAGCAGCAGCACCACGCGCAGCAGCAGCGCAACCAGCAGCACCACCGUGACCAGAGCGAGCGCCACGUCCUCGCUGACGUCGUUGUCAGCCACGACCUUUUCCUCCGUUAACUAUGCUCUGCUGCCCGCUGGUCUGACUUGCUCCCAGGCCGGCAUGCGGGACAUAACCAGUUCCGCGGAGUGUUUUGGACUUGCCAGGGCAGUCGUUGGCUUCGGUAAUGCACACACGAGUGAUUACACUGGAUUGCACGUAGCUUUUACCUGCGUGCACCAUGUCCCGAGCUCUAAGGUAUAUUUUGGGUCAUCAUCAGACACGGCCGAGGCUCAUGCGGACUACGAGUACAUUUGCAUCGGUGUCCUGACGACGACCGCAAGCAGCAGCACGACCAGGACCAGGAGCAGCACUGCGACCAGCAUGUCAGCGAGCAGCACGAGUGACAGCAGCACUAGCAAUACAAGCACGACGUUUACCAGCAGCACGGCAAGCAGCAGUACUAGUGCAACCAGCACCACCACUGAUUCCAGCACGUCGGGUACCAGCACUACCACGCGCAGCACUACUAGCGCAACCAGCAGUACAUCUGCGACCAGCACGACCGCAACAACCAGCAGCACUCGCAGCAUUACUAGCACAGCCAGCAGCACCACUACGACCAGCACGACGGGAAGCAGCAGCACCACGCACAGCACCACUACCGCAACCAGCAGCACCACCACGACCGGAACCAGCAGAACCACACGCAGCACCACUAGCGCAACCAGUAGUACCUCCGUGACCAGCACGACGGGAACCAGCAACACCACGCGCAGCACCACUAGCGCAACCAGCAGCAGCACCCACCGUGACCAUCACGACAACCACCUCCACGCGCAGCAGCAAUAG